CUUGAAGCUUGGUGUAACACAAACAAUGGCUGCAAUUGAAUUAGCAGCAUCCUCAAUUUUCUCAUCUCCUUCUCCUUCUUCCUCCUCUUAUCUCAAAUUCCCAUUGUUUGUCAAUUCAAUUAAACUCCAAAAUUACAACCAUUCUCUUAAUCUUUCUCUAAAAUCCAUUCUUUGUCCCCUUCCUCUUCCUUCAAGAAAACAAUGCACCCAACUUCACUGCUCAGCAGUUGAAGUCACUGAACCUGUAACAGUACAAGAAGAAGAUGAAGAAGAGAAAACAGAGAAACCCCAGAAGAAUAAUCAAAGAAGAAAGCUUUUUGUUCUAAACUUACCAUGGUCUUUGACUGUUCCUGAUAUCAAGAAGAUCUUUGCUGAAUGUGGAAUUGUUGAUGAUGUUGAGAUUAUAAAGACCAAAGAUGGAAAGAGUAGAGGAUUUGCCUUUGUGACAAUGUCGUCUGGGGAAGAAGCUCAAGCUGCAAUUGACAAAUUGGAUUCUUAUGAAUUAUCAGGAAGAAUCAUCAGGGUAGAAUUUGCGAAGCGAUUUAAGAAACCUCCAGGAGCUCCUCCUCCUUCAACACCUCCCCAAGGGGAAACACGACAUAAACUUUAUGUUUCUAAUCUUGCAUGGAAAGUGAGGUCUACCCAACUAAGAGAAUUCUUCUCUGCAAACUACAAUCCAAUUUCAGCUAGGGUUAUUUUUGACAAUGCUUCAGGAAGAGCUGCUGGGUAUGGUUUCGUAACCUUUGACACAAAAGAACAAGCAGAGGCUGCAGUAUCUGCUUUAGAUGGAAAGGAACUGAUGGGCCGGCCAAUUCGCUUGAAAUUCAGUGAAAGGGAUGCUGAUGGAUCUGAAAACAAGGAAGAAGCACCGACUCAGGAAAAUCCUGAAGAGCCUUAGAUGACUCCCUUGAUUACACUUCUAUGGAUCAUCAAGGUCCUGUUUAAACCAGACUUUUCUUCUACUUAUGCACAUAGUUGCUGACUGUUACAUGAUAACCAGAUUUUUUGUAGACUCCAAAUAUAUUUUAUUUGACGUGUUUGUUUGGUCAUACUUUGGUGGCCUUUUAUCUUGUUUCCCUGUUUAUUG